GUGGGAGGGGCUGGGACUUAAAGGGAGCAGGCAGGCAAUCCACUUUCACUUUGAGCGGCGCUUGUGUCUGAGUGGAGAACACAAGGAAUGACCAGAGGGAGAGGAGGGGGGUCUGCAUCUCUGCCGCUUUAUCCUAUAGCCAGUUUUAAGCAACCCAGGAGCCCUUAAAAUUCAGGAAAAUUCCAGGUCAGUAUUACAGGGCAGAAAAAGGAGGGGAAAGAAAAGGAAGCUCUGAAAACGAAAGAAGACCUCAGCCACUACAGGGUUUAGUAGGAAAAUCCAAAGUGAAAGAGAAUGAUGGCGUAUGGUGAUUAAUGGGACACAUUUUGGAAAGUACCGGAGGAAACCAAAGGAGAAUGCACUAAGGGAUGGGACCAAAGGGACUGAACAUCGACCACUGAGAGAGAGAAAAGGCAGAAGCGUGCUCUGUCAGAGACCUCAACAAACCACAGAGGAGAAACUUAGCAUUUCACAGAGCCACAGCUGAAGAGUGAUUGCUGUCAACAAGAGAAAUGGAGAAGUGUCCAUUCUUAGAAAGAUAAAAUGCCAGGUCUACUCUUGCUGCUGCUUUUCAUCGUCCAAUGUGGUGGAUGUGACUUUGACCUGAAAGGCGUUGAGAACAUAAAGGCAACAAUUGAUUCUAAUCCAACUGGUUUUCGGUCUGUAUUCCCUAAAGAUUAUCGUGUAGUGCACCACUACACCCGAAGCAUGCUGUGCGAAACUGAGCCGUGUUGCGUGUUCUCUGCAGCAGUGGUCCUUGUAAAGUCCUGGCAUGUGCUCCUUACAAACCUCUGGGAUCAGCAUUUUAAUUACACCUUCAUCUUCGAGCUGAAGCAGACACUGGAUAUAAUUGUCAAAAGAAACAAAAAUAUAGAGAGGUUUCAGGAGGAGACGGAUCUCGACCAGUACCCCACGUUGUCUUCCUCCCCAGAAGAACUCUUAAAUCUAACGUCAGAACUUUUUGCUCGGUGGCUCCAGGUGGGUUGCUCACCUUCAAUUGAAACUUGUCUGCCGCCCACAUUGCCCCCCUCUGUUGAAAGAAAGGACUUCGGUCCAGUGAGGGUCAGACUGUUGACCACCCGAGGCAUCAGGAGCGAGGAACACCAACGUGGGAAAAUGAUAGACCGUAAACCAUCAUCGUCCUGUGGAAGGUCUCUAUCCCUGCUUUAUUCUGCAGCUUUCUGGAGCCCCUUGUUAUUGUCCUUGUCAUUUGGACUGUACUGGUAGCAACAAUGUUUUUUGUUUUAUUGCACAAUAAUGCAAAUUUGACCUGGCACUGAAUGAUUUAUUUUGAGUUUUGAUGCAGUAAGCUUUGCUUAAAUGAAGUGACAUGCACAGGCUGAAUGAAAUGCCAUAAGUCAGCUAAAACUUUGCUCUUUUAUAACAAAUAUAUGUUAACCCUUAUAGUCGCUCUCUUGGGGUAAAAAAGUCACAAGCUCCAGCUAAUUGUGCUUUCCAUGCUAACAAGAGAUCCAAACUGAAUUAGUAAGUGCACAUAAGCCAUUCUUUGUGGUUGCUUCACUGUUUACAAAUGAAUGUUGUGGGAGUUUAUUCCUGUACAUAAAUGUAAAUUGAAGACCUGUAGGUAUAUGCAUUGUUAGCAUUUGGUUUAAAUUAGAAUUAUCCAGUAACUUAUAUUUAUUAUGGUUUUUUUUUUUUGUUGUUUGUCAAAAGUGGAGAGUGAAUUAGCUCUGGUAAAUGAGAUGAAAACCUGAUGGCAAUAGUGUAUCUUCUCUCCAAGCCAUUUAUCAAGCCGUAAUUGUUGCUGCACAGAUCAAUGCUCUGUUAUAAACUGAAACAGUAAAAUGCUUCUUUUCAUACAUUUUA